AUGUCUUCUCCAAGUGAAUGUGAUGAAGUUUCGGAUUAUUCAAGUGAAAGUGAUGGAGUUUGGGAUACUUCAAGUGAAAGUGACGAAGUAUCGGAUACUCAAUCAUCCGACGUGGAAUCAGAAGAAACUCAAUCAUUUUCAUGUACUCAAAAGCUUGAUGAAUCUUUUGAGAAAAAUCAAUAUCCAACUGACAUUGAAUGCGAUCAAUUGUCUAACAAACUUGAACUUGGACUGACGGCAAACCAAAUCAAGUUGUGGUUCCAAAAUAAAAGGGAUGUUGUCGAUUUAGAAGAUUAUCCAGUUAUACGGGAUAAACUUAAAGCCGAAAAUGAAAGGCUUAAGUCGGAAAUUGACUUUUUCAAAGAGAAGCUAAAGCAAGAGAAUAAGUAUUGCCCAAAUUGUUUCAAUAUAAAGAAUCGUGGAGAGGGACAAUGA